AUGGGUCCCGAGCUCCUACCGGAGAUCUUCGUCCACAUUGCCCAGAUCCUUGUCGAGGAGCAGAAAUUGGCGACUCUCCUUUCCCUCUCCAUGACAUGCAAAGACAUUUACGACCUCUUGGUCCCCAUACUGUAUAAACGCAUCAACGUAUCCAAAUGUAAUGUCCAAAAUUUGUUUUGGGGUAUACUACCUAAUGCUUUUGAGAAGGAAGGACCUAACAGCAGUGCGACAAGCAAAGAUAUAGGUGAAAAGAUGAGAGCGCAAUGGAGUUUGUGGCCUGAUAUCGCUCUUUCGGAUGAUGAUGAUGAGGAUGAGGAGGAUAGGGAAACUUACUCGCAAUCAAAGAAAUGUGACCAUAUUUACCCUAGCACAUCUACAAAUCAUAACAAGCUCUUUUACCUCCUUCAAACCCAACAUCUAUCCAUUUCUUCCCUCCCUUCCUUCCCUCUCUCAUCGGACCUAUUGCAUCUAUUCCCCACGAAGACACCCGAUAAAUUCAUGAGGAUCCUAUCUAACCUGGAAAUAUUGCAUCUAACCUCUCAGUUCGUAUGCGACUUAUCAAAAUGGUUUAAUCUACAUACCACUAACCCUCGAAGAGAGCAUUUGAGAAGACAUCCAUUCUUACAAUUCCUCUUACUUUCCAUACCCAAUCCUAUCAAAAUCAGCAUUGAUUAUCCUACUUUCACCUCCCGAACCAAAGAGAGAUUUAUUGAAAAGCGAUUCGGCUCAGCUGAAGUUCUCAGACGGUGCGGGAUUAGCGAAGAGUCUCGUAGGAGGAGGAUGGAAGUAGAAUGGGACCGGUUCAUAUCACAUGAUAGUUCUUUGGGGUUAACACCUUUACCCUAUUUUUAUAGAGGGGCGGAAUUGGUAUUUAGGAACGUAAGUGUACAGGAUAUCCCUCCGGUUCGAUGUAAGGCUAUAACAGUCAUUUUCGCAAAUACCAACCUUCGAGACGAAGAUGGAGAUGGGAUUAAGAUUGAUCGGAGGAUCGAACAGAUUGUAGACCUGUUAGAACCGAAGAACAAGAAUUUAAUGAUGGCGGCUCAACAAGUCAGAAAUUGGAGAUUUGUAAAUGCUGAAGUGAGUAAAGAUAAGAAAGUGGAGAAAGCGGUGAGGAUUACGUCGAGAGAAAUCGACAUUACAAGGGUAUCGUUCUCGUCAUACUCGAAUAGCCUGGUGGAUCUUGAUGAUACCCAUGAAAUGUAG